AUGCGCCAUCCCGCCGCACCAACAAUAAUCGCCAUCCUCCUCGGCUUCCUAGCCUUCAUGAUCAUCUGGGGAAGAAUGAGAGGCGAUGGCCACCACGAAGGAAACCCGCAUCCCGCGGACUUACCGAAGAAGAAAGAGGAGAAAGAGGGAAUUGAUGCCGAUGAUUAG